AUGUCACAAGUAAAGAAUCAAACUGUUGUAUUAGUUAGUGGUGAAGGUGAAAAAUUUACUGUAGAGAAGAAGAUUGCAGAGCGUUCUCUUUUAUUAAAAAACUAUCUGAAUGAUAUGCAUGAUAGUAAUGUGGAUUCCGAUUCUGAUGGUGAGGAUGAAGAUGAAGAUGAUGAGAUUGUGAUGCCUGUUCCUAAUGUGAGAUCAUCUGUUUUACAAAAAGUUAUUGAAUGGGCUGAACAUCACAGGAAUUCUAAUUUCCCAGAUGAAGAUGAUGAUGAUUCCAGAAAGUCUGCUCCAGUUGAUGCAUGGGAUCGUGAGUUUUUAAAAGUGGAUCAAGAGAUGCUAUAUGAAAUCAUCCUAGCUGCAAAUUAUUUAAAUAUUAAACCUCUAUUAGAUGCAGGUUGUAAAGUUGUCGCCGAGAUGAUAAGGGGCAGAUCACCUGAAGAGAUCAGAAGGACGUUUAACAUCGUCAAUGAUUUCACGCCGGAGGAAGAAGCUGCCAUUAGACGUGAAAAUGAAUGGGCAGAAGACCGUUAA